AGAGAGAGAGAGAGAGAGUUUCAUCUGCCCAGAAUCUGUUCGAGGUGAAGUAUUAUUAUUCAUAAGGAUCGCUUCAAGCCGAUGGGGGAAGGCGAAGAUAUAUACACGAAAGAUGGAACGACUGAUCUCCAUGGGAACCCUGCGAUCAAGAAGGACACUGGAAAUUGGAGGGCUUGUCCCUACAUUCUUGCAAACGAAUGCUGCGAGAGGCUGGCAUACUAUGGCAUGAGCACCAACCUGGUGAACUACAUGAAGGAUCGUCUCCACCAAGGGAAUGCUACUGCAGCAAACAAUGUCACCGACUGGUCCGGUACAUGCUAUGUCAUGCCACUCCUUGGGGCGUUUAUAGCUGAUGCCUACGCUGGACGAUACUGGACGAUUGCCAGCUUCAUGAUCAUCUACAUCUUGGGUCUGACGCUACUGACGUUGACUGCAUCAGUCAAAGGCCUGGAACCUACUUGUCACAGUGGCGUCUGUGAUCCAACGAGAGCACAAACUGCGGUGGUCUUCACAUCCCUUUAUCUUAUUGCACUGGCGACAGGAGGAAUCAAGCCAUGCGUCUCCUCCUUCGGCGCUGACCAAUUCGAUGAAACGGACGAGUCGGAGAAGAAGAGGAAGAGCUCCUUCUUCAACUGGUUCUACUUCUCCAUCAACAUAGGCUCGCUGGUGGCUGCUUCUGCGCUGGUAUGGAUACAGACGAACGUGGGGUGGGGGUGGGGGUUUGGGAUCCCGGCCGUCGCGAUGGCUGUUGCGGUCGUGAGCUUUUUCUUGGGCACACCAUUGUACAGGCACCAGAAGCCAGGAGGAAGCCCUCUUACACGUAUUGCCCAGGUUAUGGUGGCAUCCUUGAGGAAAUCUGGAGUGAAGCUACCCGCAAAUAAGUCACUGCUGUAUGAAAUCACACGGGAAUACUCUGCCAUACGAGGUAGCCGCAAAAUGGAUCACACGGACCAAUUGAAGUUCCUGGACAAGGCUGCAGUGCAGACUCAAGAGGACAGGAUCAACGGCGCGGUGAACCCAUGGAGGCUGUGCACGGUCACCCAAGUCGAGGAGCUGAAGAGCAUCGUGCGCCUCCUCCCCAUCUGGGCGAGCGGCAUCGUCUUCUCCACCGUCUACAGCCAGAUGGGCACCAUGUUCGUGCUGCAAGGCAACACCCUGGAUCGCCACAUGGGCCCCCGCUUCGAGAUCCCGUCAGCCUCGCUCUCCAUCUUCGACACCAUCAGCGUCAUCGUCUGGGUUCCCAUCUACGACCGCGUCGUCGUUCCGGUGGCCCGAAGGUUUACGGGUCGGGAGCGGGGCUUCACCCACCUGACGCGCAUGGGCGUCGGCCUGGUGAUCUCCAUCUUCGCCAUGUCGUCCGCUGGCGUUCUCGAGGUCGCGAGGCUCCGGGUGGUGGCGCGGCACAAGCGGUACGAUGGUGUCUAUGUUCCCAUGUCCGUGUUCUGGCAGGUGCCUCAGUACGUCAUCGUGGGGGCAGCCGAGGUCUUCACCUUCAUCGGACAGCUGGAGUUCUUCUACGACCAGGCGCCUGACGCGAUGAGGAGCAUGUGUUCCGCCCUGUCGCUCACCACGGCGGCGCUCGGAAACUACUUGAGCAGCUUGCUUGUUACCAUCGUCUCACGCAUCACCACGAAGAACGGGAAGCCCGGAUGGAUUCCGGACGACCUCGACCGCGGCCACCUCGACUAUUUCUUCGGGCUCCUGGCCGUCCUCAGCCUCGUGAACUUUGGCGUGUAUCUUGUGAUGGCGAAAUGGUAUACCUACAAGAAGGCAAUAGAUAAUGAGACGAAGGCAGAAGCACCUAAUGACAUGUGAUGUCGAUGGCACCUAUUGUCAAUCAAUGCUUUUUUUUUUUGGCUCCAUGGAGCAAAUAUGUUUUUAGUUACAUAACGAAAUCUUGAUAUGCUUUCGACUUUUA